UGUAAAUAGAAUUACAAAUAAUGAAAACAUUUAGAAUUGCUCUCUUAGGGUCUAUAGGAUCAGGGAAAACUGCGUUUUUUAAUCGCAUUACAUCCUCUAAUGAACCUGAAAUUUCAGGAGGACCAUCAGUUACAAAGAAAGUUGUGGUUGGAUAAGCAACAGAAGGUGAAUUUGAAGUAAUAGACACCCCAGGUUUUGAAAGUGAAAGUGACAAAUUACUACAUGCUGCUGGUGUUAUUGCAGCAUUAACUUUAGGUGAAGUUAAUAGAAUUCUUAUAUUUGCGAAAUUCGAACGAGAUGAUAGAAUGGUUAGUUCAAUUCGACAAAUAUUGUCUCCAAUUAGGAGAUAUAAAGACAUCGUAACAAUUUUAGUUUCUCAUUUCGAUCAUUCAAGGAAUAUUGCUGAUGAUUAAGAUCGAUUUUCAUAGAGAAUAAAAUCAGAUUUUAAUAUAGACUCAAUUUUAUUUUAUUCCAUCUUAUCUUUUGACAACGUCGAUAUCUCAAUGAAAAUUUUUAACAUCAUUUAACAAUCAGAAUAUAGAUCAAUUUAAUUACAAGAUUCAGAAAUAUUUAGUUAAUUUGAUUUACUCCAAUUAGAUGAUUACAAUUAAACUAAAUUAGAGAAAAAUUAAACAGCUAUUUUACGUCAAUUUAGAAAAACUGCAAGAAUAUAUAAAUAUUUUAUUGAGUCGAUUGAUUUGAAUGAUCCUUUGCUUAUUGAUAUUUUACAUGAGUUAACAAAAGAUAUUAAAGCUGUAGCAAAUUAGCAUGUUGAAGAAUUUGAGAUAUUGCAUGGGGAUGAAUUAAAUUAAUUCUAUGAUGUAUAAGGUGUUAACAUUCGAUAUCUGCAUCAUAUUUAUUUAAAAAAAUAAAUUUGGUUAGAUUUAAAUAAUGUGAUUAAAUUAGCCCAAACAACUAUGACAAAAAGUCAAAUUCAUAUUUAACAUUUCAUAAAAUUAUGUCCAUACUGUAAAUAGCCUUGGAUGAAGGUUUUUGGUUGUGAUGGAGAAACUAAAUGUGGAAAUAGAAUUCUUCCUUUCGAAUAAGAUGAAAUUAUUGGUCAAGCAUCAGCACCAAAGAAAUUUUAAAUCAAAAUAGUAGAUAAUCAAUUAUAAGUUGAUAUUGUCUGUCCUACGAGCUAAUAAUAUUCAACUGUGAAUGAAGAAAUAAGCUCAAAAUUUAAUUAUAUUUAUCAAUACUUUAAAACUGAUAUACAUUUUUAGAAACAUUUAGGAUAGAAUUUUACGAUCCUAGAUCUAUGGAAUUUAAUGAACUAAGAAUUUAAAAAUCGUUUAAAUGAUAUUUGUAAAAGGAUUAAUAAUGAGAAUAAAGGAAAGGCAUUAGAAUAACUCAGAAUUUAUUUUUAUAGUUUUUUUAAAGUUGAAAAUAAAGAUGAUAAUUCAGAUAAAUCGAUUGGAUGUGGAAGGAAAUUUAAUUGGUCAGAACAACCUCCUUUGAGUGGACCUGAAUUAAAUGAAUUACUUUCAUAAGAUUUGAUUGACUUUUUCAAUAGGGAUUAAGAAAAAUUAUUAAAAGAUGAAGCAUAUUUUUUGGAACUAUCUUAUCAAAAAUUAGUGAAAUAGGCCAUUGAAGAACAGAAAAAGAAUACAAAAAUAUUAUCAUCUCAAUUUUCCUCACACUAUUGAAUGACC